GAAAGGGUCGGGGGGUGAAAUAGAUCAUAGAUAUAAGCCUUGUUCAGCAAUGGACGAAAGAACCAUAUGAAUUCUGUAAGGAUUUGAGAAACCCAAGUUUCUAUUGGCGGAGAAAUGGGCAGAGCACCGACAGUUUUUGGGAAGAAGACGUUUGCCUAGCUCGGCUCCACCCUCCAGCACCAAACCCAGAUCUACCUAUGGAUGAUAGCAGAGUUAUUGCAGCCGGUGGGGCCGGUAAACGGAAAAAAUCCAGGAAGAACCCCCAACCUACUCCCUCCAUUGUUCCUGCUCAGGAUGCUGCCACUUUUCAACCGCUUCCAGAGCCACAACCAAUACAGCAGGUCCAUCAGGACCAAUUCGAUGCUAUGCUGGUCGACGAUCGGUUCGGCUCUGACCAACUGCAUCAGUUUUCCCAGCACUUUGACUCCGUUCAGGGGGAACCCUCGAAUGCAGGUGAGACCCACACCGACCAUAUUACUGGUCAGGUCGAGCGGAUCUCCUUAUCUGAUCCUGUCCACGAGGUAUUAGAAUGGUUGGUUCUACCGCGAGCCAGAUCUGGUCGACCUCCUCUUGGUUCAACAAUUUUUCCCUUCUUCAGUUGCCGGUCGAGCAAUCUGAAGAAUGCCUGGCCUUGACUUCUCUGAAGAUGGGUUUGUACACCCUUCAAAUGCGGGAAGCCCGUCUGGCCAGGGAACGGGAACUGAUUGUUGCUCAAUCUUCUGCUGAGCAAAAUGCUGCUGCCGCCAUCACCUCUCUGGAGGCCGAACGGAAGGCCUUUUCGGAGGAGAAGCAGAGGCUGGAUGCUGAGCUAGGUACCCUUCGGGUCCAACUUGCAGCUUCCCAGGCAAAGGUCCUUGCUGCUGAGGCCGCACAGGUCAAGUUUGAGGAAAUGCUCUCCAGCAUCCCGGACGGUCCCUAUGAAGUGAAUGUGGAUCUGUCCGCCGUCCGGGAAACAUUUAAAUCCUCUGAUGAAUUCUCCAUCAUCAAGGAUGAACACGCAAGGACCCAAAUCCUGUUCGCCUUUGGGCGUACUUGAAGGGUUUCCCCAAAGGUGCUGGUCGGCUAUCGGCAGGGGUGGCCCUCUUGCACAAGGAUCCCGAGGCCAAAAAAUGGAACGACUCCAUUGUUACAGAUCUUUAUGGCAAAAUCGGUCAGGUCCUGCUGCGUCCCUUCAUUGCUCAGCUUCAAAAUAAUCUGGGGAGGCCGGUUCAGGCUUCUGAUCUUCCCAAGGAUGACAUUAUACAGGCUCAAUUCGAGAAAUUUCUGCGAGCUCAGCAACGGGAAGCUGAUCGGGCUGAUGGGAGAGAGCCUGAACCCCCGUCUGAUGACGAUGAGGACGAGGACGAAGAGGGAGAGGAAAUGGCCCCUGGCCAAUAAUCUAUAUGUACUUUAUAAUUAUUCGUUGUAAUUUUCUUUUCUUCAAGUAGCUUGUACUUCCCGGUCAGUAGAACCGAUGAAUACAUAUCCCUUUUUUGCAUGAAGCUUUGUGUACUAUUUUUUCC